UAUUCUUACUAAAAUCUACGCAUCAGUUAAGGUUUUAUCCAUAAAUAGCAUAAUUGUGGAUUUAAAAAUACUCACAAUAAAAUACCUCACAUUGCAUAUAUAGUGGAUAGGUAAUUUUUAAUUUUCUACAAGAGCACCAAAUGAAAAUUGAUCAUUGUCGGUAUCUCAUUUUAGCACAGAACCUGUUACCUCAGUUAUUAAAAAUAUAAACAUUGAUGACUCAGAUUUGCUGGAGGCUGUGUGCUAAAUGAGAGUGUUGAAUGAGUGAAAUGAGUGUGGGAGCCAUGCAGGGGGCGACAGGGGAAAGCCGUUUACGGCAAUUAGAGAUGCUAUUCCUAGGAGGUCCCGUGCUGGCGAAGGAGCAGAGCUUUAGUAUUGAAACUCUCAUAGAUAUACUGCUUGUUCUAUAUGAUGAAUGUUGCAAUUCUAGUUUAAGGAAGGAAAAAACCGUUUCAGAUUUUAUAGAAUUUGUUAAACCUGUAGCCACUUCAGUGAAAACGAUGAGAUUGACGCGAGAUGAUUUCGAGAUAAUCAAAGUGAUAGGUAGAGGUGCUUUUGGCGAGGUGUGUGUUGUUAAAUUUAAGGGCACCGAAAAGGUGUUUGCCAUGAAGAUUCUCAACAAGUGGGAGAUGCUCAAGAGGGCCGAAACGGCCUGCUUUAAGGAGGAACGUGAUGUGCUGGUUUAUGGUGAUAGAAGAUGGAUAACGCAUCUUCACUAUGCGUUUCAGGACGAAUCCAACCUUUACCUAGUGAUGGACUACUACUGCGGCGGGGAUUUGUUGACGCUGCUGAGCAAGUUCGAAGAUCGUCUUCCGGAAGAGAUGGCCCGAUUUUACAUAGCCGAAAUGGUGCUGGCCAUCGAUUCGAUACAUAAUCUUCGGUACGUGCACAGAGACAUCAAGCCUGACAAUGUUCUGUUGGACGCGAACGGGCACAUCAGGUUGGCGGAUUUUGGUAGUUGUUUGAAAUUGAACGAGGACGGUACCGUGCAAUCCAAUGUCGCCGUCGGUACGCCCGAUUAUAUUUCGCCCGAAAUUUUGAGGGCUAUGGAAGAUGGUCAAGGUAGAUACGGACCUGAGUGUGAUUGGUGGUCUUUAGGCGUUUGUAUGUACGAAAUGCUGUUCGGAGAAACGCCGUUUUACGCCGAAAGUCUGGUCGAAACAUACGGAAAAAUAAUGAACCACAAAAAUUGUUUCGAUUUUCCAACGGACGUCGAGGUAUCGGACGCCGCCAAAGAUUUAAUCAAAAAAUUGAUCUGUAGCCAGGAAUUCAGAUUGGGUCAAAACGGCAUGGAAGAUUUUAAGAGCCAUCCUUGGUUCGAAAACGUCGACUGGGACGGCAUCAGAGACAGCACCGCCCCUUACAUACCGGAAGUGUCGAGUCCCACGGACACUUCGAAUUUUGACGUCGAUGACGCAGACAUCCGGUUGUCAGAUGUAUUACCGCCGACUGCCAAUAACGCCUUUACCGGUUUGCAUCUACCUUUCGUGGGAUUUUCCUUUACGCAAGGAAGCUUUAUUUGUGAUUUAAGCAAUUUGACGAUGUACAUAGACUCAGACUUUAUGGAGAAACAGAAUCAACGAAACAGAAGUGAUAUUAUGGAUUUGGCACUAAACCACGAAAAAAAGGAGAAGGAGUGCGAGAAGAAGAUGUCGCCCGACAGCACUCGACGGUUGCAGGACGAAAUUAAUACGCUGACCAAACGGAAUUGCGAGUUAGAAUCGCAACUGAGAAGCUUGGAAGCCAGCAACUCUAGAGAAAUGCAUAUAGACUCGUUGGAUGGUGUUGAUAAUUUAAAAAAUAAGGAAUUAGAAAAAAUAAUUAGGUUAUUAAAGCAAGAGAAGGACGAAAUUUUAAAAGACCGACAAGAUUUGCACGAGAAGCUUAAGUUCCAAGAUUUGGAGUUGAAGGACGCUUUGGCUCAAAAAAAAUUAGCCAUGACCGAAUAUACCGAGGUGUCCGAUAAAUUGGCCGAACUUCGGCAACAGAAACAAAAAUUUUCCAGACAGGUGAGAGACAAAGAAGAAGAAUUAGAAACGGUAAUGCAAAAAGUGGAUUCGUUGCGAAAUGACAUCAGACGCGCCGAAAAAUUAAGGAGAGAGCUCGAAUCGAGAGUGGACGAAGCUCAGGCCGAAGCCACCAAGGAAAGGAAGCUGAGAGAACGAUCGGAAGAAUACUGCCGGCAAAUGCAGGCGGAAUCUGAUAGGCUGAGGGUCAGAAGCGAGCAUGGUCCCAGAGAUCAACAGGACUCUCUACGAUUAAAGGCGGAACUCGAAAAACUAGAGCUACAAUAUAACGAAAGUUUGACGCAACAACAAGCCAGAUACAACAUGGAGUUGUCCUCGCUUAGAGACCAACUUCAUGAAGCGGAAACGCAUAGGGAACUUCUAGAAAGAGAACUCACCGAAUCUAUGAAUCGACUUCAAACCGAACGAUCCAACUUGGAAUCCGAAUACGAUCAACUGAGAAGCAAGCAAGAGGCUUUGGGUCAAUGGGAAUCUCAAUUAUCCGAAAUCAUACAAUGGGUCAGCGACGAAAAGGACGCCAGGGCUUACUUGCAAGCGCUUGCGACCAAAAUGACGGAGGAAUUGGACUAUCUCAAGCACGCAGGCGUAUCGAGCGUGGUUUCCGGCACCGAUAAGAACUGGAGGAACAGGAGAUCUCAAAAGUUGGACAAAAUGGAGCUGUUAAAUUUGCAGAGCUCGCUGCAAAGCGAAAUCCAAGCUAAACAAGCGAUAAGCGAGGAUCUGAGUAAAACCAGGGAAGCCUUACUCGCCGCUCAAAAGGAAUUACGCGAAUUUAGACAACGAAACGAGGCCUUAAACUUAGAUCUAAAACGAAAAGAGAAGCUAUUGAAGGAGCAUCAGAACAGGAUGGACUCUGAAGGAUUCAAUUCUUGGCUGAAACAUCUACCCUUGGUGAUUGGAAUAACUUCGUGCUUCUGGGGAAUUAUGUUGCUCUACAUGCGACUCUAUGGUUGAAAGAGAGACAAGUACAUUGUCGUUUUUUUGGUGGCAUUUUCGAACAUUCUCAUUGACGGUUCAAGUGUAAAUAACGUGUGACAUAGUGUUGUAUAUAUUUUUAUAUAAGCACCCACAUGAAAAAAAAAAUAGUACCAGAAAAUAUGGGAAUCUUAUUAACAAAUCUAAAAAAUGUUGAUGGGUUCCGUUUUUAUGUUUGUAUAGCUUAUGAUUUUUUUUUUUUGUUUUCGAUUAUUGGAUAUAUCUAAAAAAAAAUAGUAAUUUUUUUGAAUUUUUUCGGAUUUUUAAAAUUUUUAUAGUUGUGAUUGGAAAUAAAUUUAAGUUUACUUUAAUGGUUGAUCUCGAAAAAGUAAGUUUCAGCAAUAGUGAUUAUAAUAGGUAGAGAUUUUUU